AUGGCAAGUCGAACGGGGGACAUGCUCAACUUCGUACGAGUUCAAGUGCAGGUAUUGGAGGUAUUCGGUCAAAACCUCUACUCCAUUUUGACUACAAGUGGCCGAAUGCAAAAUGCAGACUACCUACCUGAGCCACCGAGGUUGAUUGCAAGUCACGGUCAAGAUGACAAUACCCACUUUUAA